CCUUCCCCAAUAAAGCCUCGAUUAUCAUACUAUAACCUAGGUAGGUAUUUAAAAAUAAGCUAAGCGCGUAAAACGAUAUCGCAAUGCAAUUAGUUCGUCAGCUUCAAGGUCAUGUGACCUCGUCAGAUUACUCCAUUUGCCUGGCAUCAAUCAAGGACAUCAAUCCAACUUAAACUACCUACCUUAGGCAGGUAUCUAGGCCAACAAGUCGUCUAUUGGAACCAUGGUGCAUGGUACACUAUUUUCAGGUGUAAGAGCAUUGAGGGGUUCAAUAAAUCUUGUCGAUACUUAACCAACGAAUCAACGCCAUGGAUUCCGCACGGAAGCCCAAAGUGUUCAGAUUGCGGCAACUCCCCAGCGAUGCCAACGAAUCUCAAGCACUUGUCUAUCUCAGCAUUGGUCUUGGUAGUAUACCAGUCGACAACAUCCGGAUAUUCUCUCUAGCAAUAAGUUUAAGCCCCUGGCGUCCAACCAAGACAGCUACGCUUAUGUUUAACCCGCUUCCUGCCUUGCUCCAACAAGACCAGGGGAGAGAUGAAUGGCAGAUCAGGGUGAAUGGGCUCCAAGCACCUUUAAUACUAGAUACCCAUUUUCGUGGACUUACUCCACUCCGUGAUCCCACUCCAGAGCAUAGUUAUGAUUGCAUUUCCCUUUCGGGGCUUUCAAGCCAUCCUUUUGGUUCAUGGCAACCUAAGAAGAGUGACAAGACAUUUAUGUGGAUUAGAGAUGAAUUGCCCCUUGAUCUUCCCCAGCUUAGGCCGAUCAUCUACGGUUACGAGACAAUUCUACCUGGGAGCAGAUCAUUUCAGACGAUUACUGAUCUGGCUUCUCAGUUGAUCAACCAACUGGUAUCAAAUGGAUGGACCGCUUUGAGCGCAAAGCCUAUAGUAUUCCUUGCCCAUAGCCUAGGUGGGCUUGUACUGAAGCGCGCUAUUGUAGCCUUGGCAAAUAGUGGCUAUGACGAAGACGCUAUUCGGAUCGCCGGAGCGGUCUUUUUCGGAGUACCAAAUUUUGGGAUGGAUCAGUCGUCAUUUCGAUCGAUUGCUAGUGGAAACCCCAAUGAACCUCUCGUAGAAGACUUAUCUCCAGAUUCGCCUUGGCUAAGACGCCUAGAAUCGGAAUUUAACGGCAUCUCAUAUUUGAGAAAGAUAGACGCCUUUUGGGGGUAUGAAACUUGCACAUCCCCAACGUUGGUCGUAAACGACAGUGGGCAGCUAUCAGACGGCCCUCACGUUGUUCUUGUAACCCCCCAAUCGGCUACCAGAGGUUUGCUCGAGUCUGAUGAAAGCUUAACAUUUCCUCUCAAUGAAAACCAUUCAAACAUAGUCAAGUUUCGUCCAGGUCACGAAGACUAUAGCGUUGUUGUAGGGAGGCUUGCUCGAAUUUGUAACAUUGAACCUGCCGGUACUAUCUUAAUGGAUGUGGAUGGGAAUCAUUCAAAGAAUGCAGCCCCUGAAUUGAUUAGGUCUCGAGUGCAGGGCCGUGACUCCUUCAUGACAUCCGAAAAGUCUAAAGCUAAAGAAUGUCUCUUAAACGAGCAAGACCAAAAGAGGACUCUUAAGAAAUUGCUCAAAUCCCUCCGAGCACCUGAGAGGGAUCGGCGACUGGAGGGUAUCGCAUCAAACUUCCGAAACACGUUUGAUUGGAUAUUUAAUCACCCAGGAUGUAAAUUUGUCGACUGGUUACAGCAUGGAAAAGGGGCAUUUUGGAUCAAUGGCAGUCCUGGUUCAGGGAAGUCCACUGUAAUGAAAUAUAUUUUUGAAGACAGUAGGACUCGCGAACUUCUUCACGAUAUCCGCAACUCAUACGACGAGGUUUAUGCGGGAUUUUUCUUUCACUACCGUGGAUCACUAAUACAGAAGUCUUUUGAUGGGCUCUUGCGAGGUGUCCUUAGCCAAGUUCUGGAACAAAAGCCCAAGGUCAGCCAUAUCCUCCUUCCGCUCUUAAAAGACCUGUCUUCAGCAGAGCUUCCCACCGAAGGUUGGACCUCUGCAACAUUAGAGGAGGCCUUUACUUUAAUCUUAAACCAACAACUAUUCAAUUUAGACAUAUUCCUAUUUCUGGAUGCAUUAGAUGAAUACCAAGGACGACCCGAGUUUAUCGCUAGGUUUAUCGAGAGCCUCGUAAAACGAGAAACAGCAUCCUUAACUCGAGUUAAAGUAUGUUUUUCAAGUCGACCAUGGGCUACAUUUACUACAUGCUUCAAAGAUUACCCCGGCCUCACAAUGCAGGACUUUACUAAGCAGGAUAUACGCCGCUACUGCCUAGGUGUUAUGGAUUCCGAGCUGUCCUCUAAUGUGUGUAUCCCGAUGGUAAUCCUGGUACCACAAGUUGUCGAUCGUUCAAAAGGCGUUUUCUUAUGGGUUAAAUUGGUAGCAGCCGAUCUUGCCCGAGCUGCCAAUUCGGGAUCAAGUAAGGAAGAAUUAGAGCAGCUACUGCAGUCUUUACCAGCGGAACUUGAUGAAUACUACGCGGAAAUAGUUCAAAGGACGCCAAUAUCAUCUCGCUGGACACUUUUCGCCAUGCUAAAAAUUACUUCUCAGGCUUUAGAUCCCGUAAGAGGGUCAGAUCUCAUCGGUGCUGUUGAGUGCUCGCAAUCAUCGCAUUACAAGGAGGCGCUAUUAAUAUCAGAGCGAUUUCUACGGCUAAAAGCAGAGGGGCGCGAAGCUUACGCAUCAUACCAGAUCAAGAUACAUUCUCAAGGUCUUAUGGAACUACGCUUGACUUCGGUUGAGCUUUUACACCAGACUGUCAAGGAAUUCGUUAACCAGCCGAAGUUUAAUGCUCUCAUUCUUGACACUGAAGCAAAGGUAACAUUCGAGAAUGGAUACUCAUUCUUGGCGAAGUGGUUUUUACUUGACCACCAAGCUUUUCAAGAAUCUAGCGAAAGUAUUACGGAAGGUGACAAAAGCAGACCAGUUAGACGGCUUGAAUCUGAAACGUAUUAUGACGCUAUGGAUGAAGAUAGUUCGGAUUAUGAGGGUUAUUCUUCUGACGAAACUGAAUUGGAUAACAUGCCAAUUGGUGACGAUUAUACGAUUAUGCACGAAAAGACGAAGCAGGCAGCAAUAUAUGGGAGAAUGGCAGAAGACUCUACGGGCUGCAGCAUAAAGGAAUUCCUUGAUAGUAUCCCGGCGAAGAGAUACUCUCAGCUCACGCAGGCUACCGACAGGAUCGAGAUAAGCACUCCUAUAGAGUUUGCCUCGUUGGCAGGAUUCAGUCUUUACUUUCGGGAGACAUUACAACUGGAUCCAGAAUUUGUGCAGAAAUGCAAUCAAGAUACACACAAAUCGCUACUUACGCUUGCACUUGGCCUUUCGCUUAUAGAUAACGAUCACGUCGCGAGUAGACACCUCACUAUAGCAGAAGGUUUAGAGGUUUCUCGAUUACUGCUAGAUAACGGGUAUAAAGAUCCGGAGGCGUUUAGUAGAUUAAUAUCCUUCUUAGCCAUGUCUCGUUCUAACGACAGAAGUCGGCGUCAGUCCAUCGAUAUCGUCAUUCAUUUCCUCGAGACCGGCCACGAUCCAAAUAUGCCUUUGACCAUCUAUGAAUUGUCGGAAAGGGGUGAUAGGCGCACUGCUUUGACGUGCACGACGUUACAUCUCGCGCCUCCAGAGAUCGUACCGUCGCUGCUUGUCCACGGUGCCGACCCCAACGCCAAAGACUCCGAAGGGAAAACGCCUCUAGAGAGGCUCUGCUGCAAUGUCUCCCCCCUUACGAGAAUGCAAAUUUAUCUCCAUGGAAAUCACGCCAGAAGUGUGCCGGACUCCUAUCAGGUGGCUUGCAUGCUGCUUAAUGGAGGCGGGAAGCCACCUCCAUGGUCAGAUCUGUCUUGGGGUAGGCUUCUGAGUCUGUUUGCUGAGAAAGGAUAUGAUGUGGAACCACUUCAGCCUCAAUGUCCUGCUUUUACAUCGGGGAAACCAGCGGCCAAGCCUAAGCCUGCCUUGAAGUCCAUUAUGAAAUCACGUAAAAAACAUUGGUUUCAAUGGAAAUAACAACCAAUUUCUGUUGGAUGCAUUUGCAUUUUAGAUAUUGUUUGAUUUUCCUUUGUCGCAUUAUAUACCAAGCUGCACAUUUACGAAGAUAAGAACUUGGCUGUUUUGCAUUUAUCUGUGGAAUUAGGUAGCAUGGCAUAACAAAUUUCUCAUACUAUCAUUAAAUACCAUACGCAUUGAUGUGGGAUUGAGUUCAGGGAUAGCUUUUGGGAAAACGUACGUUAUAUCACAUUUUUCACAGAGACACCUAGGAGAAAGGAUGCCUCCAGUGCGUAUAGCCGUAGGUUUUUAUAGUAGGUACCUGUUUAAAUCAUGGAGGGGAUCUCACAAAUCGGCACACUAACCCCUUAUCUUUCGACAGGAGUCGGCAUUGAGAAUAGGGAUGUCGGAACUGGAGUUUGAGAAUUUACGAGUGUACCUAAGAUAUAAUUCUGCAUUUAGUACUCUAUAGAACGUUGAAUUUGCAUGUAUAGCCCAAUUUUUUCAUAAGGCAUAUCAUCUGCAAACUUCCUAUUCAUACGUUCAUAGAAAACUCACAAUGGACUAGCCCAAGUAUUUCCCUCAUCAAAAGAACUGUCCCUCAGUCAUCUACUUAAC